CUCACUUGUUCCUCUCGAAUAAACAAUGUCUGCUCCUCUGCUUCUCAGAGCCGUUCCUCUCAUCCGUCUCCGACAUCACAGACUUGCCGCCCCCCUCUUCACGCUUGCGCGGCGUCCUUGGUGCUCUUCCACCGAGUCGAUUCGGUCGGACGUGAAUGUAUCCUAUGCGGACAAGAACACCACAGUCUUGAGUUCCAGGGAUCCAGCUAACUACCCCAGAUGGGAUGAUCCUGAUUUCCGGAAGUGGAAAAAUAGAGAAGAAGAGAUCCUCAGAGACAUUGAACCCAUCACUUCGCUCACCAAAGAGAUUCUCCACUCGGACAGGUACAUGGAUGGGGAACGUCUAACCGCUGAAGAUGAGAAAGCUGUGGUGGAGAAGCUUCUCAUUUACCAUCCACAUUCGGAAGAUAAAAUUGGAUGUGGACUGGAUUGCAUUAUGGUUGACCGACAUCCUCAGUUUCGACACUCAAGGUGCCUGUUUGUUGUAAGGACUGACGGUGGAUGGAUAGAUUUCUCUUAUCAGAAAUGCCUUCGAGCAUAUAUUCGUGAUAAGUACCCAUCUCAUGCAGACCGAUUCAUUCGUGUGCAUUUCAAACGCAGUAGUGGUUAAUGUAUCUUAGCCCGGAUGCUUAUAUUGGAGAUGGGCAAUGAUUUUUGAUAUCAACGGAGCCCUCUCAAUUGGGCAUCAUGCGGUUGUGUCAUGUAUGUAUGAAUAUUUUGCAACUGCCAUGCAUUUUGCCUGCGAGUAUUUAAUUAAAUAACUUACAUUAUAGCCUAGAUCUACCCAUCUUAUGUACUGGAUAAUCCUUCAUUGGCGCUUGGCCCCUUCUUUAUUACUUGAGACAGAAAGUUAUUGAACCGCGGGUUUUUCUCUGGUAGUUUUGCUCACAUGGCAGUCCUUAUAUGAGGUUGUCCUGAUUAGUGAUUUCAGACUUCCGGAGAUGUCGUUAGACUUAGAGCUGCUUGAUGAUAUGAAUGUCUCUACCACCAAGGAAAUGGAGGAAAGCAGCAGUUAUUCAAAGUCCGUAUUAACAGUCAACAGGCAUGGUAGGCAAUAGCCCACGGGCCACGACAAUAGAGACAAUAGAGACGUGGGAAGUGGAUCGGGUAGAUUCCUACAAAUGUCCAAUGGGGAUGAGGUCCAACGUGCCCCCACUUGGAAGAUUUCAAGGCAAAAGAGAGUAAUUACAUCUUCUUGUGACUUUUCGAUUUACUGUCCUAGACAUUGGUCACAUCUGAUUGAGACAACGGUAUAGAUAAAAUCCUCCAUCGCCCAAAGCCAAAAGGAGCGAAGCGUGGAAUUCGCGAUGCUGGAGUCUGGACUGCCGUAGUGCUGUUAAGGAUCAGGUGUUUCGUGGAGCACCGAAUCACAGAGGAACUGCACACUUUGAUUUUGUGACACUCCGGAGAUCGGAUUCGUUGAGAUCGCCGUCCUUGGAUUAUCAGAAACUCUGAACUUGUGGUUGAGACAGGACCUGAUGAGUCAGGUGGGGUCAUCUUCCUCUUGGGUCUUCCUAGACUUCCAUCAGUCAAAAUUGUGGGAAAUUAUCAUUGGCCGACUCUGAAAAUCUCCAUAUGCAUGUUGUCACACUUGGAGACAUAAAAAUCCUUCCUUUUUCUUGCA